AUCACGGAUUUGUUGACAUAUUAUUUAGAUAUUGGGUAACAUUUAUUAAUUCUUGAUUAAUUCAUAAUCAUUUCAUGUCUGUGAAUCAACCGUCAAUGCCACUUUUGACCCACAGCCACAGUAUAUAUAUUAGUCAAUGCAAUCAUAUUACAUCAAUGUAAACAGCUCUCUACGCCACAGUAAACCUGAUUUAAUUUUAUAACUGAAUUGGAAUAAUUAAUGUAACACAUGCUAAUUAAAUAUCGAUAGAGAAAGUGUACCUACUCUGCAAAUUAUUAGACAACUAAUAAUAUUAAGCAAAUAUUAAAAAAAUUGGUUUACAUACUGUUUAGUAGCUUUAAAGUAGAUAUCUACCCACUCUUUAUCAAUCGUAAUAUAUAUUUCCACUUUAAUAAGAAAUAAAAAUAUUUGAUUUUCAUGUGUCGUAGUGUUCAGUACGAUUAAAGUUUAAACAUAAAAGUGGUACCAUUAAAAUGUCUACUGAAGGAGGAGAAAAUGCUUUGCGUUAUAGAAGAGCCCAGAGUGUUACUAAAGCAGAAGAAAUAUCUGAAAAAGAAAAAAAAGCUCGAAGAUCUCAAUUAGAUAAACCAGUUCACAAACCAAGAGAUUCUCUCUUUUCAUGGAGUUCCGAGUUCACAGACUUUACUGGAUUAGUAAAUUGGGGUUUUCUUAUGUUAACCAUCGGUGGGCUUCGAUUGUGUCUUGAAAAUUUUUUGAAAUAUGGCAUACGUGUGAAUCCAUUUGAAUGGAUUAUUGUUCUAACUGGUCGUAAUGAGGGCUACAGUCACCAAUAUCCAUCAGUAAUAUUAUUAAUUUUUAGUGUUGUACCAGCUGUAAUCUGUCUCUUAAUUGAAAAAGCAAUAGCAGUGGAAAUAUUAUCAGAGAAGCUUGGACUUACACUUCAAAUACUAAACAUUUUGACGGAGAUCAGUUUACCUGUUAUUGUAUUAUAUUUCAAAGGAUUGGAAUUCAGCUUUGUUGGCAUUACAGCAGUAUGCAUGAUUUAUUUAGUUCUGUUCUUAAAACUGUGGAGCUAUUUUCAAACGAACCACUGGUGCAGACAGGGAAUGAAGGGAAAACAAUACAAAAACAAACUGAGGCGUCAAAGUUUAUCAGUUUUUGUUUUGCAAAUAGGUUUGCUAGAAUCAGAGGAUGAGAAAAAUGACCUGGCAUCAUCCGGUUUAGUCAAAUAUCCCGAUAAUUUGACACUUAAAGAUCUUUUUUACUUUUUGUUGGCACCUACCCUUUGCUACGAAUUGAAUUUCCCUCGCACGACACGAAUCAGAAAAAGAUUCUUAAUAAAAAGAAUAAUAGAAGUUGUAUUUGGUGUAAAUUUGGUACUGGCUUUAUUUCAACAAUGGAUGAUCCCUUCCGUCACAAAUGCAGUGGAUCCAUUCUCGGAAAUGAGCUUUGUAAAGGUUACUGAAAGAUUGUUAAAAUUGGCCGUGCCUAAUCACCUUAUCUGGCUGUGUUUUUUCUACCUAAGUUUCCACUCAUUCCUAAACUUAGUCGGUGAGAUAAUGCACUUCGCGGACCGUAAAUUCUACAGCGACUGGUGGAACGCGAACAACAUAGCUGUUUUCUGGAGCAACUGGAACUUGCCCGUCCACGUGUGGGCUGUCCGCCAUGUCUACAUCCCCAUGACAACGAUGGGUUACUCAAAGAGCGCAGCUAGUAUCGUCGUGUUUUUCAUAUCGGCCUUCUUCCACGAAUACUUGGUGAGCGUGCCGCUGCAGAUGUUCCGCAUCUGGGCGUUCCUGGGCAUGAUGGCGCAGCCGCCGCUGGCGGUGAUCUCGCGCGCGGCGGAGCUGCGGCUGGGCGCGCGCUGGGGCAACCUCAUCGUGUGGAGCUCGCUCAUCCUGGGCCAGCCGCUCGCCAUCAUGAUGUACUACCACGACUACGCGCUCCAGCACUUCGCCCCGCGCCACUGAUACCGACGCCCUCGACCGGUUUUAAGAGUUAUCUAUUUUUAAAAA